CAAAGAUCACGUUGGCUUUCCCGGUCGUUUCGUUAUAUACUGUUAUAUAAGUUAAACUCCAAACCCGAAAAAGGAAGCGUCGAAUUUUGUAUCAGCUUUUUUUGGUUUUCGAUUUUCAUUUUCUCUGCUUGAAAUUCUGAAUGGACGGCGGCGGGUCGGAGCAGCAGGGAACUGUCACCUGCGGGUCGUGGAUCCGGCGACCCGAGAAUGUAAACUGGGUUGUGUUCGGGACUAAACAAUCCACUUGUUCAGUUCUGACCGUUUUCUCGUACGACCCAAACACCACCUCUCUCUCUUCCUCUCCUCUGGCCACGUAUGUGUUUGAAGCGGUGGACGGUGAGCCUGUUUCGAUUGCGGUGCACCCGAGUGGAGACGACAUCGUUUGCUCCACCUCCAAUGGUGGCUGCAAAUUGUUUGAGUUACAUGGGCAAGACUCAAAUGUCAAGCUGUUGGCAAGAGAAUCAGCUCCUAUGCAAGGAAUUGGUCCACAGAAGUGUCUGGCUUUUAGUGUUGACGGAUCUAAGUUGGCUACCGGCGGUUUGGAUGGGCAUCUGAGAAUUUUGGAGUUCCCAAGCCUUUCUGUGAUUUUAGAUGAACCCAAAGCGCAUAAGUCUGUCCGCGAUAUGGAUUUCAGCUUAGACUCAGAGUUCUUAGCUUCAACAUCUACUGAUGGCUCAGCAAGAAUAUGGAAGACGGAAGAUGGUGUUCCUGUGACUACUUUGACUCGCAACUCAGAUGAAAAGAUUGAACUUUGUCGCUUUUCUAAGGAUGGGACAAAACCCUUUCUAUUUUGCACAGUUCAAAAAGGUGAUAAAGCUUUAACUUCAGUUUGGGACAUAAGUACAUGGAAGAAAAUUGGACAUAAAAGGCUACUUAAAAAGUCUGCUGUUGUUAUGUCUGUCAGCAAGGAUGGAAAAUAUCUUGCUCUGGGAAGCAAAGAUGGAGAUAUAUGUGUUGUUGAAGUUAAGAAAAUGGAGAUUUGCCACUGGAGUAAAAGGCUACACCUGGGAACUUGCAUUGCCACUCUAGACUUCUGUCCCACUGAAAGGGUUGUGCUGACCACCUCUAGUGAAUGGGGAGCUGUGGUGACUAAGUUAAAUGUUCCUGCAGAUUGGAAAGAGUGGCAGAUCUAUUUGUUGCUUUUAGGGCUGUUUUUGGCUUCCGCCGUUGCAUUUUAUAUCUUCUUUGAGAAGUCUGAUAAUUUUUGGAACUUCCCUCUUGGAAAAAAUCAACCAGCAAGACCUGAAUUUGGGGCAUUUAUAAAAGAUUCACAACCUUCAGACGAUAGGAACAUUUGGGGUCCUGUAGACAUGUGAGAAUUUUUAUACUCCUGUGUCUAAGGGCCAUACAAUGUAAUAUCAGCCACUGAACACAGACAGACUAACCUCUUGUGGAACACUGCUUGCUAUUUCUAGUAUUGAGAGAUGUAGGAUAACAUAUUUGUUUUGGUUAUGGUGUUUUUGUUAUUUGUAAACUUCUUCGUUCAA